GACACAAGGGGGGUGGACCUGGUUGACCUGUUAACAGACAGACAGAGCCCAAACCCCCUCUCUAUCUCUCUCAUGUGAUGACUCUCUCUUAGAUUCUGCCAGAUCUUCUCUCUCUGUCUAUAUAUAUAUAUCUACACAUAUAUAGGGCACUUUUAUUGUUGAAUUAACCAGAGGCAAAAAUGUCGACACCGGCGAGGAAGAGGCUGAUGAGGGAUUUCAAGAGGUUGCAGCAAGAUCCACCCGCCGGAAUCAGUGGUGCUCCUCAAGACAACAAUAUCAUGUUGUGGAACGCUGUGAUUUUUGGACCUGAUGAUACACCUUGGGAUGGAGGUACCUUUAAGCUUACUCUGCAAUUCACAGAAGAUUAUCCAAACAAACCACCAACAGUACGGUUUGUCUCACGGAUGUUCCAUCCAAACAUCUAUGCGGAUGGGAGUAUUUGCUUGGAUAUCUUACAGAAUCAGUGGAGCCCUAUAUAUGAUGUUGCGGCUAUACUCACUUCUAUCCAGUCACUGCUUUGUGAUCCAAACCCAAAUUCCCCUGCAAAUUCUGAAGCAGCUCGUAUGUUCAGCGAAAACAAGCGAGAGUACAAUAGAAGAGUGCGUGAAAUUGUGGAGCAGAGCUGGACAGCUGACUAAAACCCAAAAAGAGCACCACCCAAUUAUAUUGUGCCAGAAUAGAAUAAGUCCUGAAGUAGUGUUGGUGUGGUGGCCUCUUUUGCAGAUCUGUGUACUGCUAUAAUAUGCUUUGUGUGAAUUGCUUUUAGAGAAUUGCUUUCAGAUUUGAUGUCGGCUGUUAGACAGCCCUGCUCGAACUGUUGAUUCAUCUUUUAUCAAGUUUUAUGUAUCCAAUUUAAGUGUCUUUGUAGCAUGUGUAUAGGAAGUGUUGUUGUGAUGUGUUGGACCAUUGGCAGUGGUACUUUGCUUAGGGUGGUUUGAGGAAGAGCUUUUUAGUGUAAUGAUUUCAACAAUUGUAUUUGAUCAUUAUGAAUUGAUGUUUAGGAACUCUCUUUAUUUGCUUCUUAUAA